CAAUUUGGGUUAGACUGUCUUCAUUUUCUACUGUAAUUCUAACACUUCGCCUCAUGCAUGGGCCUAAACUCCCCCUUAAUUAGUGGGGCCAAAUGGGAUCUCCUAUCUUUGUCCUAAAAGCUUAACUUGUUAGAAAAUGGUGAAUUUAAUCAUUUAGCCAUAAUUCUAACAAGCUAGAUAUAUUCUUUAAAGCUUAAACAAAAGUUGUUUUCUAGUUGCAAGGUUUGUAGGUUCUAACGCUUGAAGUGUUAUUCAAAGUUAGUCAUUUGAGUCUAAUUUAAAAUUAAUGAGGCUCACUUAUUAUAAUUACACAUAUAGAAAUUUGAUCUUUAUUACAAGAUAACAUCUAGGUAUUAUAUUAUGCAUCAUAUUAAUUAUGUGAGGAUGUUCUCCCAUUUUGUUGAUUAAUGCUUUUGAAUAUGAUUUGAUAAAGUGAAAAAUUGCCUUCUGCAGUUUGUCAUCAUGUUAAUCUCAAAACAUUAGAUGACAUGAAAAUUACUUUAAAAACAAUCUCAAACAAAUAAUUUCCAAAAUUUUGACAAAUCUGGAAUAUUUUCAAAACUUUCAAGGCAGUACUGUCAUUUCCCCAAAUAAUAAUGCAGACUAGGCAUACAUGAAAUGAGCAAUAUAAUCAUUUUAUGAAAUGUUUUUAUCCCAUCACAACACAUUUUUGGUAACAACUCUGUUGCCAAGGCCAAUGGCUCUGCAUGGUGACCAUCUGUCACCCUUGCAACUGCCUCUACAUCUCAGUUAUAUCUUUUCGUAACGAUAUAGUUUUGACGUGUUACUAAAUAUAUUUUCAAAAGUUGAAAAUUUGUACAGGGAUACAAACAAGCAUUCUUUUAUUACGGUAUCUGUUUGUGUCAGAGCCUAAUCAAUCAUAAUUGACGUUGUAGAAAUUGGAAAAUCAAAUAUGAAGAUUUUAUACAAGCACUUUGAGAUUGAUUAGGCGUGAUUAAUCAUUUAGCCAUAAUUCUAAGCUAGAUAUAUUCUUUAUUGCUUAAACAAAAGUUGUUUUCUGAAGCUUGAAGUGGUACUCAAAGUUAGUCAUUUGAGUCUAAUUUAAAAUUAAUGAGGCUUACUUAUUAUUAUUAUGCAUAUAGAAAUUUGAUCUUUAUUACAAGAAAACAUCUAGGUAUUAAUUAUGCAUCAUAUUAAUUAUGUGAGGAUGUUCUCCCAUUUCGUUGAUUAAUGUUUUUGAAUAUGAUAUUGAUAAAGUGAAAAUUUGUCUUCUACAAUUUGUCAUCAUGUUAAUCUCAAAACAUUAUAUGACAUGAAAAUUACUAUAAAAAUCAUCUCAAACAAAUAAUUUCCAAAAUUUUGACAAAUCUGGAAUCUAUUCAAAACUUUCAAGGCAAUACUGUCAUUCUCAAAAUAAUGAUGCAGACUAGGAAAACAUGAAAUGAGCAAUAAAAUUAUUUUAUAAAAUGUUUUUAUGCCAUAACAACACAUUUUUGGUAACAACUCUGUUGUCAAGGCCAAUGGCUCUGCAUGGUGACCAUCUGUCACCCUUGCAACUACAUCUACGCCUCAGUAAUAUCUUUUCGUAACGAUAUAGUUUUGAUGUGUCACUAAAUAAAUUUUCAAAAGUUGAAAAUUUGUACAGGAAUACAAACAAGAAUUCUUUUAUUAUGGUAUCCGUUUGUGUCAGAGCCUAAUCAAUCAUAAUUGAUGUAGUAGAAAUUGGAAAAUCAAAUAUGAAGAUUUUAUACAAGCACUUUGAGAUUGAUUAGGCAUGAAGUUAUCUGCCAGAUCAUAAAAUGUAGCCUUUUUCAUUCAUCCACCCAUUCUCAAUUAUAUUCCUAUCUGCUGUUGAUAACUCAACUAUGAAAGGAAUGCAGGCAGUUUUAAAUAAAUCAUGUAACAAAUGAACAGCAGCUUGUUCCGGAAAUUGACACCAGACAAACUAACUAGGAUAUUCAGGAAUAUUAUAAGAAUUUAUUUUGAGAAACUUAUGGUAUGUUGGGCUCCAAAUAUGAGACCAUAAGUAAAUCCUGUGGUUAUUGGAGAUCCUAGUAUAUGUGUUUGAUAUUGAUGCAUGCAACAGUCAAGUGAUCAUCUGCAGAGUUUAAAAAAUACUAAUGGGAAAAUCAUGGAGUCAUGUAUCUUUGCAAUGGCCCUUGAUAUGCUAGGUGUGGAGCCUCCCAGACUAAACUGUGAAACUUAAAUUGGAUUUAAUAAUAAGUUAGCUAAAUUUACUUACUUUAUCAAGUCUAUGACAGUCAAAUAGGUUUUGAGACCUCUAACAACUAAGAGCAACAUGAAUUACUCUAAUUGAACAAGUCGAGAUUAUAAUAUUAAAUGAAAUAAAUCUUUUAAAGAAGGUAGCCUUAUUAAGGCUUUUAUAUAAAUGUAGCACAAUAAAUCUGUGAAAGUAAUUAACCGUAUUAAUAUAUUUUUAAUAUAUGUGGCAUGUACAAAAUUCCUAAAUUUUUUACAAGGAAGCUCAGUAUUGAACUUGACUCCCUCUUUAUACGUGGCAAAUUUGAUUUUGAUAAAUGACAUGCUAAAUAUUCUCUGGACUUUACUGUGUGCUCCUGCUCCCAACUUUUCAAAAGAGUUGAAAAGCUUAGGGUGCUCAAAUCAAUUACCAACUCUUUUACUUUGUUGCUUUGCAAAUUUACAUUACAGAAGAAAUAUUGCUUGACUAAUGAGUUUCUAGUUUAUAAUUGCAAUUGCUGGCCAAUAUAAGCGCCCUGCAAUAACACUAGCACUAGCCAAUUGUAAAAAUAAAUAGUUUUGUCAGAGACUUCCUUUUGAGUUAGAAUUGUAUGAAUCUCAAUAUACACUAUAUAAGCAUGUGGUAUAAGCAUCUCUCUUUCUUUCUCUCUUGACUUUGUUAGUGCUCUAACCAAAUAUUUUCCCCAUCUCGGAGCUUCAUUUUGUCUUUUAUAGCGUAACCAGCAUGAACCGUGAGAAGAGCAUCUCAGUUGAACCUGUCCACAAUUCCAGUUCAUUGCCUAGAGAUGUCAGCGUUUUGGUUGUGGACGGUGAUUCUACCUGUCUCACCUUCAUAUCAAAAAUGCUCUAUAGAUUUGGUUACAAAGUUGUGACUGCUAAGCAAGGCUCUGAUGCAUUGGCAAUUGCACGGGAGAAAGAUGAUCUUCAGCUUGUUGUGACAGAGGCUCAUUUGCCUGACAUGGAUAAAUAUGAGUUCCUAGAGAGAAUGCAAGAAAUGUCUAAAUUGCCAGUCAUUAUUAUGUCAGCUGAUGAUAGUGAGAAAGCCAUGUUAGGCAGCCUGUUUAAAGGUGCUGUGUUGCAUCUCGUGAAACCAAUCACUUUGAAUGACAUGAAAAACAUUUGGCAGUUUGCACUCAUGAAGAAAAGUGACAAAACCUUAGCUGCUGAUAGAAUAAGCAGUGGUCAACGGGCAUUAUCUGAGGAAUCAGUGAAUCAGCCAUUUGAGAAUAAAAAGGAGCAAAGCCACCAAAAGGCCAAAAGAAAAGCACCAGAAGAGAUGAACAAAGAUGAGGAGGAAGAGAAUUAUGAUUCAUCAGUCCUAAAGAAGCCAAAUCUAGUUUGGAAUAAUGAGUUACACAACAGAUUCCCACAAGCUUUUAAUGUAUUAGGCAUUGACACAGCUCAUCCAAAGAAGAUAAUUCAGCAAAUGAAUGCCCCGGGACUGAAAAGGGAAAAUAUUUCAAGGCAUUUACAGAAAAAUCAUCUCCCCUUGAAAUGUCAACAAGAUGCAAUUCAAAAGACCAUGAUUGGAAAAUCUACUGGAUCAAGCCUUGGACCAUACUAUCCUUCAUCAGCAGUCAAUUUACAUGGACUUCAUCAAUUUUCAAAUCAGCAAUCUGUAUCAACAUCAUAUCAACCAGAGUUUGGAAAUGAUUUGCGGAGAAAUUUAAGUAGUCACAUGUACACGCCCUUUCUUGGUUCUGCACAUUUUCCUAAUUAUGUAAACUCAAGCCUUGGAUCACACUAUCCUUCACCAGCAUUCAAUUUACAUGGACUUCUUCAAUUUCCAAAUCAGCAAGCCGCAUCGACAUCAUAUCAACCAGAGUUUGGAAAUGAUUUGCAGAGGAAUUUAAGUAGUCACAUGUACAUGCCCUUCCUUGGUUCUGCACAUUUUCCUAAUUAUGUAGACUCAAGCCUUGGAUCAUACUAUCCUUCAUCAGCAUUCAAUUUUCAUGGACUUCGAUUUUCAAAUCAGCAAUCCGCAUCAACAUCAUAUCAACCAGUGCUUGGAAAUGGUUUGCAGAGGAAUUUAAGUGGUCACAUCUACAUGCCCUUUGUUGGUUCCACACAUGUUCCUAAUUACAUAGACUCAAGUUGUAGUAAUCCAUCCAAUCCUAUGUAUGGGCAAUUGACUCCACCAGUCAGUCAGCUAGGUUAUACUUUUCCUAAUUCUAGUCAUGUUGGAAGUUGGAUCAUUAGCAAUGAGUUAGCAGGCUUUGUCCAGAUCAGAAAUUCUAGUGGUGAAGAGACCGUCAGCAGGAACAUGGAUCCUUUUGGUGUGCAUAAUAUUGUCUUUCUGAGUGAUAACACACAACAAGAACACCUGCAGCAGCAACAACAAUUUCUGCAGCAGCAACAACCAUUUCUGCAGCAGCAACAACAACAAUUUCUGCAGCAGCAACAACCAUUUCUGCGGCAGCAGCAACCAUUUCUGCAGCAACCAUAUCAGCCACUACCUCCACCAUCACAACCACCACAGUAGCCAAAAUAACAUGACUUUUUUUGGGUCUUAACGAGGAGAAAUAGAAGAAUUAUUUGAUCUUUCUAAAGACCCUAAUCAUGCAUGAUGAGGAACUUGAUGAUCUCUGGUAAUAGAUGAAUUUUGUGUCCAGGUAUAUUAAUGCUACUUAACACAGACCUUUAUGUACCGUCUUUCUUUGUCCUGGAAUUUUGAAAAUUCUUCGCACUUAUAAGCCAAGUGUUUCAACAUUUGGGCGCCACAAGGGCGAGAAGAGGCCAUGUUCUUGGACAUUAAUAUUGCUUUUUACAUGGACAGUGAGAUUCCAGAAAUAUGACUUCAGCCAUGGGUGAAAGUUUGGAAUCCAAGCAAGAAAAGUGUAAAACUUAUCAUUUGUUUUCCAAUUUGAGUCUGAUGGUUUGAGUUUACAGUUAGUGGUUUGGAGGAAGUACUUGAAUUUGAUGAUGUUGUUUUUGUUUUGUUGCUAUUUCUUAUUAGCAUUACAAUAAAGCACUGUUUGAUGGAUAGUGGUUAGGAGGAAGUACUUGAAUUUGAUGAUGUUUUGUUUGGUUGCUAUUUCUUUCGUGCAUUACAAUAAAAUACUGUCAGACGGAUAUCUUUGUCUAUUC